CCACGAAGGAUUUCCCAGCACCUGAUUUUGACACAGCAAAUGAACCAGCGACGACUUCCCGACACCUGCAAAGCCCGAUUAUCGGUCAGAGGGGCUACGUGGAAAUUACGAAACAGUGAUGGAUUACCGGAACUCUCUGAUGACGUUUCUGUGGUUUGUGGGCCCUGCUGAGGCUUAGGGGAAACGUGGGCGCCGGAAUGACUGUCACGGCGUGAGCUGCCGAGGAAGCAGGCGAAUCUCCUAUAAGAACGCAGUAAAGUGUCUGUUCCUCUGACCCCCCCGCCCGGCUGCGGUGGUGCUCAGGCCUCAGCAUGACGGAGCCGGAGCUGCUUACAGAGGUGCCAGCAGCGCUGAAGAGGCUCGCUAAGCAGGUGGUGCGUGGCUUCUAUGGGGUGGAGCACGCCCUGGCCCUGGACAUCCUGAUCCGUAACCCAUGUGUGCGGGAAGAGGACAUGCUGGAGCUGCUGAAGUUCGACCGGAAGCAGCUGCGCUCGGUGCUCAACACGCUCAAGGGCGACAAGUUUGUCAAGUGCCGCAUGCGGGUGGAGACAGCCGCCGACGGUAAGGCCACCCGCCACAACUACUACUUCAUCAACUACCGGGCGCUGGUCAACGUGGUCAAGUACAAGCUGGACCACAUGCGGCGGCGCAUUGAGACUGAUGAGCGCGACUCCACCAACCGUGCCUCCUUCCGCUGCCCCUGCUGCUUCAGCACCUUCACUGACCUAGAAGCCAACCAGCUUUUCGAACCCAUGACAGGCACGUUCCGCUGUACCUUCUGCCAAACCGAGGUGGAGGAGGAUGAGUCGGCUGUGCCGAAGAAAGACGCCCGCACGCUGGUGGCUCGCUUCAAUGAGCAGAUCGAGCCCAUCUACGCGCUGCUGCGGGAGACCGAGGAUGUCAAUCUGUCCCACGAGCUGCUGGAACCCGAACCCAGUGACAUUCCUGAGCUGAGCCGUGGGCGGGCUGCGCAGGCGUCAGCCGGCGGGCCCAACCGGCCCAGUGGGCCUCACCGGGAGGCCUGGUCCUCCAAGGGUUCUGCUUACGCGGACCUGUACACGCAGAACGUGGUGAUCAGCAUGGACGAGCGCGAGGAACAGCAGCGUCCGGCGGCCGACGCCAAAGCGCGGCCCGUGUGGCUGACAGAGAGCACCGUGCAGGGGGCCUACAGCGAGCCUGACGUCCUCCAGACCCAAGCCGAGGACAUUGCCGGGAUCCAGGCGGGCCGCACUGUGGGUCGGGAUCCACAGCUGGACGAGAAUGAGGUUAUGCGAGCGCUGCUGAUCCACGAGAAGCGUGCCGGGUCAGGGGCGGCACCGGCGGGCGGGACCCUGGGCGGCACCCGGGCCCCGGCCAACGCCAGCGACUCGGAGAGUGACACCAGUGAAUCGGACGAAGAGUCUCCCCCACGCCCUGCACCUCCUGUCGCCGCGCGAGGCCCGGCUGAGGAAGACGAGGAGGAUGAUGACGAGGACUUUGAGGAGGUGGGGGAGGAGGAGCCCAUGGUGUUGGUGGGCGGGAGGCCGUUCUCCUACCGUGAAGUCAGCCAGCGGCCUGAGCUGGUGGAGCAGAUGACUGCGCAGGAGAAGGAAGCUUACAUAGAAAUGGGCCAGAACAUCUUCCAAGACAUGUUCUUCUAAGCUGCUGGUUGUCCUCCUGGCCACGUUGGGUCCCCCGCCCCCAUCCACUUCCACUGUGAAAGCUGCGUAUGUGUUUGCUGGCAAGCGUCUCCCAACUUAAUGAAUAAGGUCUUAGUCAUGAGCCAAUGGAAGACGCUUGUGUUCUCCUAACCGGACAGGCUCUCCUUAAGGCGGAUGACAGAGGUGCCAAAUUGACCAAUAACAUGCUCUGUCCUUUCUUGAUACACUUUGCACCCUCAGAGCUGGGCAGCCUGUACCAACCUGCCAGUCUCCGCCUCUUAAUGGCUGCUUUGGUCUAGAUAGUUCAUCUGGAUGUAUUAGUUUAUUGCCAUUUUUCUGCUGGAUGAGCUCGAGUUCCUUUCGAACCAGGACUUGUAACACAGUCUUCCUGUGGCAACAGGUCCCCUUUCCAUAUUCAUAAGCUGCUUUCCUGUUCCUCUUCUGCUGUCCUGUUUUGCUUCCAUUUUUCUGCAUCCCCGGACCUGCAGCUUGAGUAAUACCUGUCGGUUCUGCGCCGUCAGUCGAGCCCCAAGAUGGCAGGAGCGGCACCUGACCAACGUUGGCUGUGGGUUGACACCUUCCACUCCGAAGACCUUUUUCCCCACAUUUACAGAGAAGUGGAUCUUUCUCUCCGCAUCCUUUCCUGUGUUGAAUGGUUUAUAUUUGAUUUAGUUUUUAUAAUUGUUCACUUGUUUUAAUUUGUUUUGAGUUUGGUGGAACCUUGGUUGAGUGAAGCAAGUCUUGCGAGGAAUAAAGAGUUUCGUAAAAACUUUAAA